AGGACGAAACAAGGAGUAUGGUGAUUUGCGUCCAUUAUGUUCUGAUCCCCGCAGUUCGGCUGGCCCGAGUGCGAUGACGAAAGUGUCGUAAACGCUGGGAGAAUGCCCAGGGAAGUGUGUUCUUUACACAGUUCGUAAGAAAGAAGCCUUUCGUGGGUUGCAUUGUGAUGAAAAACAAGUCCGACCGCACAACGGCCAUUCUUCAAUCGAUAAUGGAACCGGUCAUUGCCGCGAAGGAGAUGGUGCUAGGAUGCAGAGAAAUCAAUAACCGUGCGCACUGGCGGCGGAAAGUGAAAAGAAGCUGCGACGGGCGGGCUCCCCGGCCAAGCAGUACCCAAACAGGAUGCGGAAACCCUUGGAACUGGUCGUCAGUUGUCGUGUUGUGCUGGUUGUCGAUCGUCUGUGGCACGCUUGCUGUGACCUCUUCCAUCCACGAAGGCCACUGUAAACAUGUGCAUCCCAAGGCACAUGAGGUCAUUCAUGGGGUACAACUGGAGCCGCUUCACGUGAUACGAAAACGUAGCGUCAGCCAAGCGCUGCGCAUAUUAAUUGUCUACGAUGAAUCGGUCUAUCGGCUGGACACGGAUAAGUUUUCUCUAAUAAAUAACACGAUUCUACCGGAAGCCGUCCGUUUCUGGGAGCAAGCGCUGAUGGUGCGUCAGACGAAAGAGGUCAUACGACUGAACCGGAAGUGCGAAAGCAGUCAAGUGUUUGUUAAAAACUCCAUGACCUACUGCAUAGAUUCCUGCAAGCCCGUGACGCUCUGUGGCGAGGUGCAGGUGCCUCCCGAUCACCUGGACGUGUGCCGUGUGUGCAACUCGACUGGCCAAGAUUGUCACGAAGACGCUAAUACGACAGCCGGACCGGGAAUUUCAAACGCCGAUUUCAUAUUCUACGUAUCUGCACUGCAGUCGGAACGCUGCCAUAAGGGACUAACGGUUGCGUAUGCUGCUCACUGUCAACAGGAAGCUGCGUUAGACCGUCCAAUCGCUGGUCACGCGAAUCUUUGUCCAGACAGUAUCAGCACCAAGCCGCAGGAGCUGCAAACAUUGCUGUCCACCGUUAAGCACGAGAUUCUGCACGCACUAGGAUUUUCGGUCAGCUUGUAUGCCUUUUUUCGGGACGACGACGGAAGCCCGCGAACUCCUCGUAAACCGGACACUGGCAAACCGUACUUGAACGAAAAGUUUCAAAUUCAUCAAUGGAGUGACGACACUAUCCGAAAGGUAGUCCGAACAGACUGGGCAGUCAGAGGCGGCACAAUCAAUCGGACUAUCGAUAUGUUCGUGACACCCCGAGUAGUAAAGGAAGUGCGUGACCACUUUAGCUGCCAGAAACUCGAGGGAGCAGAAUUGGAGGAUCAGGGAGGCGAGGGUACCGCACUGACGCACUGGGAAAAGAGGGUGCUUGAAAAUGAGGCCAUGACAGGAACGCACACACAAAGUUCGGCUUUUUCGCGCAUUACGCUCGCCCUGAUGGAGGACUCCGGGUGGUAUAGGGCGAACUACAGCAUGGCAUCUCCGUUGACGUGGGGUCGAGGGCUUGGCUGCAAUUUUGCGAUGCGCAGCUGCAAGGACUGGAUCACCUCCAAUACAGCAAGGGGCCGUUCGAUUCAUCCGUUCUGUGUGAAGGUAAAACGGGAUCCGCUCCAAACGGAAUGUACCGACGAUCGAAGUUCGGUCGCACUGUGCAACUUAGUGAGCCAUCAUACACAGCUGCCAGCACAGUAUCAAAACUUUGACUCUCUUGCUUACGUGGCGACCGGCGAAGAGGGAUACUUCGGUGGGUCCGUUUCGCUGGCCGACCACUGCCCUUACAUUCAAGAGUUCACGUGGCGCAGCAAAAACAUCGUAGUGCGCGGGUCGCAGUGUCAGUUCGAGGACAACAAUCCGAAACCUGAGAAAAACUUUGCAUUGGAGUCUUAUGGUCCCAACUCGAAGUGUUUCGAUCACAGCGAGAGCAUGUGGGAAGAACGCUCAUGCCGCCAGACGCGGGAGUGGCAACACUGGGGCUCAGGCUGCUAUCAGUAUCGCUGUGAUCGCGGACGGUUGCACAUAGUGAUAGCGAACAAAUCGUACGAGUGCUUCUUUGCCGGACAAAAGCUCACCGUUCAACUGAUGGCCGAAGGGUGGCUACAUCGCGGUGCCGUCAUCUGCCCUUCGUGCAAGGAAGUUUGCAACAGUGAAUUCGAAAGCCGCGGUGAGCGGUGCAAAGUUAGCGAGGAUGCUCCUCCGAACAGCUAUUAUCCCAGGGAUGAGCUAAAAUGCAGCUCGGCCCUCGCGCAAAAACAACACUCUACAGUGUUACUGUUAAUGGUGUCACUAUUAUCAUCGGUGCUGGCGACCGGCAAAAGUGUUUCGCACGCAUUGAGCUAAUCAUGGUUAAGAUCCUUAGAUGCUGUGCACUGUAACGGAUUGGAAUUUCCAGUUUCCUUAGGUCGAUUUAACAACCAUUUCAUGCAUGUGAUAAUAUCAUUCCCCGGCGUUGGUCCCGCAAAACGCCUCUAAACUAGGGAAACGAGUGUUUCCUGUGUGUAUAUAUAAAGUCGUUCAACGCAGUUAAUCUAGGAUAGCAUAUUCUUGACGUCCCCGGAUCGAUACACAAUAACAAAUAUGCACUAAGUUACGGCAUCCAUCACUUCGUCGAACAACCGCACUGAACGAAUUGCGGCCGGUUUGUGUAUUGAAACCAGUCUGUACCGAUAAGCCUUAAGCGCCGCAGAGCUACGAUGUGAUGCAUCAGCCGCUGUUUUAAAUUUGUAGAUAAACGGACAAACAAGAAGGUGCAUAUUACAACGCACGAUAUGAGUACCUUAUUCGACUCGCAAAUCAACAUUCCGACAGUUUUUUGUACUGCUGUUUAGGGAUCCAAAAGUUAUACUUAGGAGUUAGAACUAACUAACUGAUGCAUCUGGCUGUUGCACAGUAAAACAAAGGGAGAACUUCACUAAGGUCAUCAUAAUUACACCGCAAUGAUGCCUCUGUUCCAUUUCAGCGCUGAACCAGAUCCCCAAAUUCGUCCAUUCUUACUGUAGCGCGGAAGUGACGCGGAAUUUACAACAUCACAAAAACUGCCAAAGUUAUUCGUUGAAGUGUAUUCUUAUAGAGUUUUGUUGAGGAAUGGCAAAUGAUUCAACUUGUUAUUUGCGCGUAAAUUAUAGUAUUAUGUCGAGCAUACCACAAACAAAAAACCAGCAAGAAAUUUGGUUUGCCAAGGUUUUUAAUUAUUUUGUUUCGGUUUGUUUGGUCGAAUAUUUUAAGUGUAUUAAAAAAGAGUGCGAAGAAACCCUGGUGUUAAAUUAAGGCUACGAAAUGCAUAAUAAACCUUUGGUAAAUA